AUGAUAUCAUACACAAAAUUAUUAUUAUAAUCAAUUUGUUUAAUACAAAUUAAUAUAUAUUAAAGAUUACCCAAUUGUUGUUUCUAUAAAUUAACGUGUAUUAACCAAUUGAAGUUUUUUUAUAUUUUGUGAUACAUCACAUCUAAAUAUGAGCGACAGUACUAUCAAAAAGUUGGUUGAAAUCAGUGAUGAACUGAGAGCUCARAUCACUGACAUACCGGAGCAACGCAUGUUGAACACCACAGUCAGUGAGAUCCAUUAUAUGAAUAUGACCCGUCAAAAAUCGCGAAAUCUACACUUGCUAAUAAUGAUGAUAUUGUUAAUAACGUUUACCGUAUUUGCACUGGUAGCCAAAAAUGCCAGUCUCAUUGCCGGAUUUAUUUGUUUUACUAUUGUAUUUAUUUGUGGCCUAUUGUUGUUGAAAUAUUUGGAUUAUUUGGAUACCAUUCACAUUAUGGAUGCAUUCACUAACAUUACUAAAGGAUUUAGAGCUAAAAAACAAGAAAAGCAAUACAUUGUUGACGAMAAUAUUAAACCUAAAAAUCUAUAAAUGUUUUCCUAUUUCUAUACAUUAUUAAUGUAUUAUUGUUGUUAUUAUUAUCU